UGUCGCCAGCUCGAACAGAUAUUUCUGCGACUAAUUGAUAAGGAGGACGAAGCAGUAAGAAGGUGGCGCGAAUUGGAUAUUAACAGCGAAAGAUCUCUGCAAUAGAAGGAAUAUCAUGGCCUUAUCUCAAGUAUCUGCGUCUCUCGCCUUUUCUCUUUCCAAUCCUGGAGCCAUAAAGCUAGGAAGAAUCACAAACCCUUGUAGGGUUCAUGUACCGCAGCUUGCUGGAAGCCGAUCCACCUUCGCUUCUGGUUCUCCUCUUUUGCCAUUGAACUUGAGAGUGACUCGUGGAAGAGUAAGAAGUGGAAGCAGAGGAGGAGCUUCAGUUUCCAUCAGAAGCGAGCAAAGUUCAGAAGGAGGCAGCGGUUUGGACAUAUGGCUUGGUCGUGGCGCUAUGAUUGGUUUUGCUGUCGCCAUUUCUGUUGAGAUCGCUACCGGUAAAGGACUUCUUGAGAACUUUGGGGUAGCAAGUCCAUUGCCUACCGUUGCUUUGGCUGUUACAGCAUUGGUUGGUGUUCUAACUGCGGUUUUCAUCUUCCAGUCUUCUUCCAAAAACUGAUAAAAGCUCCCCCCCCCCCCCCCCCACAUCUGUUUAUUGUCAUCAUUUUGUUGUAUCUAAGAUUCUUCUCUCAUAAAAACUCUACUUUCAUCAGAAUGAAAUCCCUCAUUAGUUUU